AUGGAUGGAAAAACACCGAGAGAUACGUCUUUGAAUGAUGAUGAAGUGCUUAUUAGACAGACUCUUGAGUAUUUUUCAUAUUCGGAGCUUCCAACAAUAGGGUUUUUAGAAAAAAGUUCAGACAGAGCGAUUGAGUUGAUAAAUAAAGGCAACGAAGCUUUUAUAAAAUCACCCCAGUCUAUGUCGACAGUUGAAAUAUAUACGGAAGCUCUUGCAAACGUACCAAAUUCAAAUAAUGAAUUACUGGCGCGAUGUUACGCUAACCGAUCAGCGGUGCUUUGUAACUGCAAAUUUUAUAAAGAUUCAUUGAAAGACAUAGACAAAGCUUUGGAGGUAGGAUACCCUGACCAUCUGAAAUCUAAAUUAUACGCGCGUCGCGCUAAAAAUUUAUCCUCAAUAGAUCCAAAGAUGCACAAAGAAAUAAAAAAAGCUGUUGCCAGUGCUCGAUACUGGAUGGAAAAAAUUGACAAUGAUGCUGAUAAAAACAAGAUCCGAAAUUCUUUGGAUGAUCUUAAAAAAAAUCAUAAUAAAACUUCAAUUAAUUAUGACACUGAUUUAAAUGUACCCGCGAUACCUCUGGAUAAUGAUAAAAUAUUACGAGCUUCAAGUGCCAUCGCUUUUAAAUAUUCCAAGGAAUUUGGCAGACAUAUCGUCGCAACUAGAGACAUUGAAGCUGGUGAAUCUCUUAGCAUGCAAAAAAUUUAUGCAUCAACUCUUCUGUCAGAUUGCUGCUAUACGCGUUGUUGGAACUGCUCAAAACAAGCUCGAUCUAGUGUACCAUGUUCAAAAUGCACUAAUGUCAUAUUUUGCGAUGAAAUUUGUCGAGAUUCUGCUUGGAAUGAGUAUCAUGACGUAGAGUGCAAAGUAAUUUCUGCAAUGCCUGUUAAAUCAAUUACUAAUAUAGAUAUCAUAGGAUUAAGAGUUACUAUAAAAGCCUACAAGGAAGCCGGUGAUUUGUCUUCACUAAAAAAAAAUCUAAAAGAAAUUGAUUCUCUGACUGAUCCAAUUACUCGAGGCUUUACUGAAAGUGCGUUUGAUGAAACAAAGUAUGCAAGUGUUUAUACAUUAAAUCGACGAUUAAGUACACUGGAAGAAAGAUCGAUCUACUGCGUAAAAUCUGCUUACAUUCUUCAAUAUUUGGCAGCAGUAACAGAAAUCUUAGGAGGUAAAAAGUUUAAUAAUUACCAGGAUUUUGUUAACGAUGAGUUGGCUGUUUUUUUAGGAGCAUUACUUUUUAUAAAUAUGGUGAUAACAACACAAAAUGCUUUCAAGACAUUGUUUAUGAAUCGUCCAGAUGGUUACGAAGAGUGUUACUACAUACUGAUGCCACUAGUAUGUCUCUACAAUCAUAGUUGUGAUGAAAAUGUAAUAGCUUGUGUUGAUCGUGACAUCAGUACGGUAUGUGCUGUUGAUAUCAUUAAAAAAGGUCAACAACUAUUUAUUAAUUAUGGGCAGCCAUAUUUAAAUUCUCCGACAAUCGCGAGAAGACAACACUUGAAAAAUUAUUUUGGCUUUACAUGUGAAUGCAUCGCCUGUGUUCGUAAUUGGGGCCCUGGUACAAAGUUUCCGUCUUAUCGCGAUCUAUCGAUACCUCGUGAAAUUAAAAAUAAUCUUGCUGGUAUUGAAAUGAAAAUUAUACAGCUAGCAAUCAAUCAGAAGAUAUUUAUCCAUCAUAAUGUCCAAUAUCCAUUUCGUAACUUUUAUAAAACAUUAGAAAAAAUUUUAAUAACUGCAUUAAAUACUUACGCUCAACUCACAUGA